AUGCCUUCAUCCAACGAAAAGCAAGAGGAAAUCCAGAAGGAAUCCAAAAAGGAGGAGACUUCGACCAAGCCUAAAGAAUCACCCACGAAGGAGCCCAAGUCGACCACAGACGUCAAGGAGGAUGAUACACCGGAGCCCGAGCAGCGAUAUGCGUGCAAGGAGUGUUGCCCUGCGUGCAGGUAUCCCGAAUUAUUCGAGAAGCUAAGUGAGAAGUGA